UUUUUCGGCGAAGCGACGACGUCGAGCUCGUACGGCGGGUACGGCGGGAACGAGAACAACUUCGACAAGUUCAAGUACUACUACGAAAUCCCAGAAGGCUGGGUCCCGGACACCGUGAACAAAGUCGAAAAGUCCACGAACGGCACGGACUCGCGCUGGGUGAACCCGAAGAACAAAGACCAGAAAGUGUACUGCGUCACGCUCACGGGGUACAACAAACUCAAGGAGGAUCGAACCGGCAUUCUAGGCGAUCUCGCGCUCUCGGACUAUAACCUCCAAGACGCGUUAACCGGGGCGGAUUCCACCAUCGUCAACGAGCGAGAGGAAAACGGGCAAACGUACGUCGACUUCGACUUGCUCGGGUACUUCGGCGCGAUAUACGCGACCGUGACGGUGUACGGCGGUCGCGUGUACGCUUUAUUCUCCAUCUGUCCGGAAUCGCUGCUGGAAUCGGGCUCGGAGCAGGCGAUGCGCAUGAGGAAGUCGUUCGGGACGAUAGCGAAGUCG